AUGUCUGAAGAAAAUUUCAAAUUAGUUUGUUUAGGUAAUCCAUUAUUAGAUUUACAAGCAAAUGUUGAUAAAUCAUAUUUAGAAAAAUAUAAUUUAAAAGAUAAUGAUGCUAUAUUAGCAGAACCUGAACAUUUACCUAUAUAUGAAGAAUUAUUAAAAAAUAAAGAUUUAAUAUUAGUUGCAGGUGGAGCAGCUCAAAAUACUGCAAGAGGUGCUCAAUAUAUUUUACCACCAAAAUCUGUUGUUUAUUUUGGUUCAGUUGGUAAUGAUGUUUAUGCAGAAAGAUUAAAUGAAGCUAAUUCAAAUUAUGGAUUAACUACAAAAUAUCAAAUUCAAAAUGAUUAUCAAACUGGUAAAUGUGCUGCAUUAAUUUAUGAUCAUCAUAGAUCUUUAGUUACUGAUUUAGCUGCUGCUAAUCAUUUUAAACCUGAACAUUUAAAAAAACCUGAAAAUUGGUCAAUUGUUGAAAAUGCUGAAGUUUAUUAUAUUGGUGGAUUUCAUUUAACUGUAUCACCAGAAGCUAUAAUUUUAUUAGGUAAAGAAGCUUCAAAAAAUAAUAAACCUUUAAUUUUAAAUUUUUCAGCACCUUUUAUUGCUCAAUUUUUUAAAGAUCAAUUAGAUUCAGUAUUGCCUUAUGUUGAUUAUGUUAUUGCAAAUGAAUCUGAAGCUGAAGCUUAUGCAGAAUCUCAUGGUUUAAAAAACACAAAAGAUUUAAAAGAAAUUGCAAAAUAUAUUGUUGAUUUACCAAAAGAAAAUUCCAAAAGAUCAAGAAUAGUUAUAUUCACUCAUGGAACAGAACCAACUAUUUCUGUAACUAAAAAUAACGGUGAAUUUGAAAUUGAAGAAUAUCCAGUAAAACCAUUAUCAAAUUCUCAAAUUGUUGAUACAAAUGGUGCAGGUGAUGCAUUUGCUGCUGGAUUUGUUGCUUCAUUAGUUGAAAAUAAAUCUUUAAAAGAUUCAAUUGAUGUUGGACAAUGGGCUGCUUCUUUAUCUAUUCAACAAGUUGGUCCUUCUUUCCCAUUUCCAAAACAAACUUAUAAAAAAGAUUAA